AUGACAACGUCCAAUUUACAAAAAUUAGUUGGCAUAAAAUUAAUAUCUGAUAUGCUACGAUGUGAUUCUGUUCGGCAAAAAGAAAAAGGUGAUUGGAAAGUUUUAGUUAUGGAUCGCUUAGCUACGAGAAUUAUAUCAGCAUCGUGUAAAAUGCAUGACAUCAUGUCCGAAGGAAUUACAAUUGUGGAAGAUAUUAUGAAAAGACGUGAGCCAUUAGGAAUGCUCGAAGCUGUUUAUUUUAUUCAACCAAAUGAAAAAUCUGUCAAUGAACUUAUUAAUGAUUUUGAUAAGAGCCAUGCAUUAAUACCCAAGUAUAAAGCUGCACAUGUAUUUUUUACUGAAGCAUGUAAUUCCGAAUUAUUUACAAAAUUAACCCAAUCAAAAUGCGCAAAAUAUAUCAAAACAUUACGAGAAGUGAACAUCGCAUUUCUACCAUAUGAACGUCUAGCAUUUACACUUGAUUCACCUGAUACAUUUUAUAUUACAUAUAAUUCAACACCAGUUCCGCAACGAGCUGCACAUCUCGAUGUUAUUGCGGAACAAAUUGCUACUCUAUGUGCAACACUCGGAGAAUAUCCAACAAUAAGAUAUCGAGUAGAGAAUGAAAAAAUGACUGAAUUUGCUCAUGCUGUUCAACAAAAAUUAAAUCAGUAUAAAGCCGAUGAUGCGACUAUGGGCGAAGGCGUUGAUAAAGCAAAAUCUGUUUUAAUUCUGUUGGAUCGUGGUUUUGAUGCUGUUUCACCACUACUUCAUGAAUUAACAUACCAAGCAAUGGCACACGAUUUAUUAAAAAUAGAGAAUGAUGUUUUUGAGUAUGAAGUUCAAACACCCGGUGCUGAUCAAAAACUCAGUCCAGUACAAAAACAAAAAGUUCUACUAGAUGAGAAUGAUGAACUUUGGACAGAGCUUCGUCAUCAACAUAUUGCUGUUGUUACACAGAGUAUCACAAAAAAGAUCAAAGAUUUUGCAGUACAAAAACGUGUCAAAGAAUCUGAUCGUGCCGAACGUACAACAAUGAAAGAUCUCUCGUUAAUGAUUAAGAAAAUGCCACAAUAUCAAAAAGAAUUAAAUGCAUAUGCACUUCAUUUUAAUAUUGCUGAACAAUGUAUGAAUGCUUACAAUAGAGAUUCAGGAGAAAAAUUAUGUUCUGUUGAACAGAACUUAGUCAUGGGUGUUGAUCCUGAAGGUGAACGAAUCAAAGACCAUAUGCGUAAUAUUGUACCUUUAUUACUUGAUACUGCCAUUACCAUUGAAGAUAAAUUACGUAUUAUAAUGUUGUAUAUUUUACAUAAAAAUGCUUAUUGUUGUACAACACCCGAUGCAUACGGCAUAACGGAAGAAAAUUUAAAUAAAUUAUUAAGUCAUGCAUUCAUUCCUUCGGAAAAGAAGAAUAUUAUAGCAAAUUUGCAAUAUCUUAAUUUACAAAUUCUUCAAGAUCAAAGUCGACGUGAGAGUGGAGUCUCACCAGAUCUAGGCAGAGCAACUGCUUUGCACGUGGCUUCGGAAUUAUUUAUAAAAUCCUCGGGGGGCGGAAGACGUAAAAAUAUUCCACAACCAAGAAAAGAACGUUCUGAACCGACUUAUACGAAUUCAAGAUGGACACCUUAUGUAAAAGAUAUAUUGGAGGAUAUUAUCGAUGAUAAACUCGAUUCAAGACAAUUUCCAUCGAUUGGUGGACAGAAAACUCUUCCAACUGCGCCUAUAGUUCAAAGUUCACGAGAUGUCGGUUGGAUUCAAUCUCGUCGGGGUGCAACUCGCUCUGGUCCACGUAUAAUUGUAUUUAUACUUGGUGGUGUCGCUUAUAAUGAACUUCGUUGUGCCUAUGAGGUUACACAAAGUAAUUUAAAAAAGUACGAGGUAUUUAUUGGUGGCGAUCAAAUAUUAACUCCUAAACAAUUUCUUCGUAAUCUCGAAAUGAAAUUACGACAAGAGGAUGAACAGUAG